AUGCCCGACCUCAAAUUGCCUGAGGCGACUUGGGGCAGACCUCCUGGCCGCACCGCGAAGAGAAAGCGCCCGGACCCUGACUUCGACAUCGCCAUUGACACAGACAGUCAAGUUGAUCGCUUCAAACGCCAAAAUAUCGGGAGUGAUACCAUCGAUCUGACUCCAUCCCAUCGAAUACCUGAUGUCCUGGGGUCGCAAGAAACGGAUCCUACCUAUUCAACCUCAACAAGAGAGGCUCAGCGGUCUCAGCUUCCAGCCCCUCUGCUAGAUUUACUGUCCUCCCAACCCUUGCGAAAGCCAUCAAUAUCACCCUCUUCUCAACCAACUACACUGCCAUCAGAGCCUCAGUCGCCCGAUUUGCCCGCCUCCGCCAUAUCUGAGCUUGAAACCCUAAGUGCUGACAAUCAACUCGACAAGCCCAACGACAAAGGCAAGGCCAUCCAAAAAUGGGAUCCUAAGGUGUGGGACGAGAACGAAUUCGACAGCGACGAGGAGAAUAUGAGCCUAGCAGUCACGAUGAAACUAGCCAACGAGCUCUCCCUCUUGAAGUCGUUCCUUGGGAUCUACAGAAAGUUCAACAUCCAUCUCGGCGACAUUGUAUCCGGUCCCCGCCAUAAAGGUUUCCUCUUCCUCAUCUUUUCCACUGUCACUCGCCUCGAAUCACACACCACGCACCUGCGCGCCCUCCGCAACGAAAAAUUGCGCGGCAGCCCCACUCCAAGCACCAUGGAACUCAUCGCCGAGAAGAUCUUUCGCAAGUCCAGAACUCGCCGUGACUACCUGUGGGAUAUUAUGGAGGAGAAGGUGGACAUGACUAAUGUUGUGGAGAGAGCCAUAUGGGUCAAAAAGAAAAAGGCAGUGUUGGGCGAUGUUAUGGGCGGGCUGGUGGAGUAUUUGGAGGAAUUGGGAGACGAGGAGGGGUGGAAGGAGAGAGAGGUGAGGGAGAUGGGGGAGAGGUGGGAGAAGAGGUGGAGGGUGUAUGGUGCGAUGGACAGGGCGGAUCUGAAGAAGGCGGGGUGGAUUCUGGAUGUUGGAAACCGAGAUGGGUGA